AUGACGACGUGCCGUCUGCUGUGCGCCCUGCUGGUGCUCGCCCUGUGCUGCUGCCGCCCGUCUGUGUGCGCGGCAGCGACUGGUGGAGAUCAAGGUGGAAGCAAGGAAGUUAAAAUUCCCACUCCAUCGCCCCGUGUCCCAGAGGAAGUGAAGGUGGUCGAGACGGAACAGAAAUUAGGGACGUCCGGUAAGCCAGGAGAAGGGAGUCAGAGCAUUGUGGAUCAGACACCAGGUACGACGACUGAUACGGAACAGCCGCUAAAUCAAGUCAUUACGCCACACACAGAAGAGGGUGCGCCAGCUACAGCAGGGGAACGACUUACAACUAAUUCGGAACAGGCAGCAACUGGGGACACUGAAACGGCACAAAAAACAGAAGAGAGGACCCUUAAGCCAGAGGUAGCAGAUAAUUCCGAUGUUCAGGAGCUAACAGGUCGUAUCCCUCAAAUGAAAGUAUCAGGUAUCGAAAACACCGCGAAAAAUAAGAUCACCACAACCACAACUACGACAAAAGCACCAACUACCACCGCCACUACGACUACAGAGGCGCCAACUACAACCACGACGACCACCCGCGCACCGUCACUUCUUCGCGAAGUCGACGGCAGCCUCAGCAGCUCUGCGUGGGUGUGUGCCCCGCUGGUGCUCGCCGUAUCCGCGCUGGCGUACACCACUCUGGGCUGA